GUACUGUAUAUAAACAGUCAAAUCAAUUAAUUAUUCAAGGACAUCGUUGCAGACAGCUGCGUUUCAGCACCUUGGACAGUUCCCCAAGGCAAAGUCAUCGCGCUCCCCCUCUCCCUCAUCCAUUCAGGCUUAUCAGGAGCUCUACUGCGUUGUGUGUACGUGUAGGUCGGCAGCAGUGUACCAGACAUUAUUUACGCGAAAAGUUGCGCGCGAGGCAAGCCGCAGUGGGAGGGGCGGGAAGCUGCCGCAUUUUUCUGAAUGAAAUUACUCUACAGGACCCCCCCAUCCCACCCCCACAACCCGUCUUUUCCCGCACCUCAUUGGCUGAACCCACCAACACUGACGUCAUUAAGAUCUUUUCCUUAGUGAAGGACCCUGCGUGUAUCAGCUACAUCUAGUCAUUCCCACCACCGGAGAAACGGAGAACGAGGAGGACGCGUUAUUCAUCUGAUAGGGAAAAACACGGCUUAUUGAAGUAUUUCCGACCACGGGCCAUCGGUAUACCAAUAUUACAAAAUACAAGGUGGAGACAGAAGACAUCUUAGCAUCUCCAGUCUCCUGCAUUCUCUGUGAACAAAGACAAUUAGGACAGUCGUGAUCACGGUCUCGUUAGAAGGCGUUGUGUGUUUGCCCCAUGAUGACCCAGAAUGUCUCUGACCUCUGGUUUGAGGAGUCUUCCGGUUCAGGAAUGUCUUCAUCCCAUUCCCUGCUGGACCAAUCAGAUCCCACAGCAGUGCCUGAGGCCUCUCCUGUCAGCCUAUGGGGAGUGUUACUGUGUGUCUCCGGAACUCUAAUUGUGUCUGAAAACACCAUCGUAGUAGCUGCCAUCUUGGCCACGCCUUCUCUUCGCGCUCCUGUCUUCCUUCUACUGGCCAGCCUGGCAUUGGCCGAUCUGCUGGCGGGUGUGGCCUUGAUCCUCCACUUCCUCUUCCUGUUCUGUUUAGAGCCUAAUGAUUGGUCGGAACUGAUGACGUCAGGGUUGCUGGCAACAUCGCUGACUGCCUCCCUCCUCAGCCUGAUGGGCGUGGCCCUGGACCGUUACCUGUCGCUAAGCCAUGCCCUCACCUACGGUUCCCGUCACUCACGCCGCUGCACGGCUGGUCUCCUGGUACUCGUCUGGCUUGGGUCGUUUCUGAUUGGCUCUGGGCCCAUGCUGGGCUGGCACUGCCUCGAUGACCUCACAUCCUGUUCAGUGGCACGACCUCUGACCCGGACGUACCUCUCACUGCUCUGCGGCGGCUUCCUGCUGGUUGUCAUGGUAACGCUGCAGCUGUACACCGGGAUCUGCCGUGUCGCCAGGCGGCAUGCGCACGCCAUCGCCACACAGAGACACUUCCUGCCCGAUGACCAAUCGUACGCCAGCAAGCACGGGAGCCGCGGGAAGGGAAUCUCUCGGCUGCUGUUGGUUCUUGGAGUGUUUGUCAGCUGCUGGAUGCCAUUCGCCCUCUACGGUUUAUUGGGCGAUGCGUCCGGCUCGCCCCUGUACACCUAUGCUACGCUAGUGCCGGCAGCGGGGAACUCCAUGCUCAACCCUCUGCUGUACAGCCUGAGGAACAGAGACAUACGGAAGGUGCUUCUGCACGCCUGCUGUCCACACAGACACUAUGCCCACAGGCCUGUCGAUGUGUAGGACACACACACACACACACGCAGCUACACAGACUGCCAUAUAGAAGAAACACAUAAGAGUAGCACGUCGUCGUCAUCUUCAUCACCUGCACUUCAGAUAAGAAGCAAUCAGAAUGUACUGUUCCAGAAGGCAGACAUUUUGGAAUCAGACAAAAUAAGCUCUGUCAUUGGCUGAGAGACCUGACGUACUGUAUCAUCUCAACACGUGCCUCAUCCUCAAAUAAUAAGCAGACCAUUCACUCUGAUGCAAUCACAAGGUAAUUCAUCUGGAUCCAAACUACAUGCUUUAAGAGCACAGGGACUGUAAUAUAAUAAGCUCUAGGAUGCUCUGGUGGGAUUACACUAUGCUGCGAUGUCUGUGAUCCAAAGGCCAAAAUGCAGAAUAACUUGAAUCCUGAACUCUUAUAAAUGUUUUGCACAAAUAUUGUAAGGCACUUUGACUAUCUCUGAAAAGGUUUCAUUUUGCACAAUGUUGUUUUUUUAUAAAAUGUACGAAUGUUGUCUUUUUCUACUUCGAAAUAAAAAGAAAUUUAUUUGGUAUACAAGUGAAAUGGUUUCUCCCUCUAUGUACUCGCAAUUCACUAAUUCACAUAUCCUUGGCCUGAUUUAACAGGCCAAGGAUAUUGGCCACUCAAUUCAGACCAAGUACUUCAAAAAUCACACAUUCAGGCCAUGUCAGUCAGUUCUGCCAGGCGAUGAGCUCCUCCACCAGGCCAUGGGCUCCUCCACCAGGCCGUGGGCCUCCCUCAUCUGUCCUCUCUAGUUCACCAGUUCCUGGGUCUCCCCCCUAUUUUGAUAUCUGGGUUUCCCUCCUCUCUCCUCCGCCAGUCACCGGGUUUCCAUCAUCUCUCCUAUCCCAGUCUCUGGGUCUUACGCUCUUCCGUGUCCAAUCCAACUCCACUUUAUUCUUUUUAUAUAUUCAGGAGAAUCUGGUAACACUGGUUUUUAGCAACAGUAAAGCAUGUGGACCAGUGGAAGAAAACUAGCCAAGAACAACCAUGCACACCCCAAGGAAUCUCAAUACUUGUGGAGAAAAUUAUUCCCAU